AUGUCACCAGACGUUCAUUUUGUGGAAAAAACGUCACCAGAUGUUCGUUUCGUGAAAAAAACAUCACCGGACGUUCGUUUCGCAGAAAAUACGACUUUGGAUGUUCGUUUUACAGAAAAACGUCUUUGGAGGGAUGGAGGGAU